AUGUUGGCAUUUCUCAGAUGUUUGGCGGUCCCUCUAUGUGGAAGGAUCCAAAAUAGAUACCUGUUGUACUUGCUGACCUGAGACAACUUCAUAAAUGGAGUUCCUAAUUAGGGUGGUGUUGAUGUCACUUCUGAGCAACAUGGAUGUUCUGUCGUCCAUCCUCCUUGAAUCCUAUUGUUACAUCACACCAUAUAUGUCAACAGUAGAGAACAUCCAACAGCCAAUCUCGAAGGUUUAUUUCGAGGUGGAGCAUCCAUGAUUAACAUCCAUUUUGGGAUCAGUGACCCCCUAUAUAAAAGGUGACAUCGAAAGUGAAGUGAGACAAGACACUGGACAAACCUAAGGUAAGAACCAAAAAGACUGGUAAUUGGUAGGGUUUGAAAGAUCUCCACUGGAAGAACACUUCUUCAAAAACUUACUCAGAAAUACAUUUAUUACACCUUAGAAUAGUGUGUUUACGGCAUGUGGGUGUGAAAUUAAAAUCAAGUGAGUGUCCUCAAACAUUUUGUUUGUUUCAUUUUUAGCGUAACAUUAUCUCUGCAGCUAAGGGGUAGAGAGGUCUGCCAAACACAAGGUGAGAAGCUAUACCUACCUGUAUAUAUAUACUAUAAUAACAUAGUAAAAUUCCUCACUUGAUCAUUUCCGUCACUGCGAUGUUAGUACUGUGGCACAGCCUCACUUGUCUUUGUGAAUGCUUCUCUGAGGUGUUGAUCAAUGAGGAAGGAUGCAUUUAUUGUAUGACAUGGUUCAUCUGUUAACUUCUAGAUUUCAGGAUGAGUGACGCUGUAAUGGCAGAGUUUGGGUCAGCCGCUUCGUUCUUACGAAAAUCGGAUAAGGAGCGUCUGGAGGCCCAAACUCGCCCCUUUGACAUGAAAAAGGAAUGCUUUGUGCCCGACGCUGAGGAGGAGUAUGUCAAAGCCUCCGUCAUCAGUCGAGACGGUGACAAAGUCACUGUUGACACUCAACAUGGAAAGACACUAACUGUGAAGGAAGUAGAUGUUCAUCCUCAGAACCCUCCAAAGUUCGAUAAGAUCGAGGACAUGGCGAUGUUCACCUUCCUGCACGAGCCCGCUGUGCUGUUUAACCUCAAAGAGCGUUACGCGGCCUGGAUGAUCUACACCUACUCUGGGCUCUUCUGUGUCACUGUCAACCCCUACAAGUGGCUGCCAGUGUACGAUUCCUCAGUGGUCAAGGCCUACAGAGGAAAGAAGAGGACUGAAGCUCCUCCUCAUAUCUUCUCCAUCUCUGACAACGCCUAUCAGUACAUGCUGUCAGACAGAGAGAACCAGUCUGUCCUGAUCACUGGAGAAUCUGGUGCUGGAAAGACUGUGAACACCAAGAGAGUCAUUCAGUACUUUGCCAGCAUUGCUGCUGUGACGGGCAAAAAAGAUGCAGCAUCUGAGAAAAAGGGAACCCUGGAAGACCAAAUUAUUCAGGCUAACCCUGCCCUGGAGGCCUUUGGCAAUGCUAAGACUAUCAGAAAUGACAACUCCUCACGCUUCGGUAAAUUCAUCAGAAUUCACUUUGGUGUGAGUGGAAAACUGGCAUCUGCUGAUAUUGAGACUUAUCUGCUUGAGAAAUCUCGCGUCACUUAUCAGCUCAAGGCUGAGAGAGACUACCACAUCUUCUACCAGAUUCUGUCUCAGAAGAAACCAGAACUGUUAGAUAUGCUACUUAUCACGAACAACCCCUUUGACUAUUCGUACAUCUCCCAGGGAGAGACGCAAGUGGCAUCUAUUGAUGAUGCCGAAGAGCUGAUGGCUACAGACGAUGCCUUUGAUGUGUUAGGCUUUACUCCAGAUGAAAAGACAGGCAUCUACAAGCUGACUGGUGCCAUCAUGCACUUUGGCAACAUGAAGUUCAAACAAAAGCAAAGAGAGGAGCAGGCAGAAGCCGAUGGAACUGAAGAAGCCGACAAAGUCGCAUAUCUGAUGGGCCUGAACUCUGCUGACCUCAUUAAGGGUUUGUGUCAUCCAAGAGUCAAAGUAGGAAAUGAGUGGGUCACCAAGGGACAAAAUGUCCAGCAGGUGUACUAUUCCAUUGGUGCUCUGGCUAAGUCAGUUUAUGAGAAGAUGUUUAAUUGGAUGGUUGUAAGAAUCAACCAAUCCCUGGAAACCAAGCAGCCUCGCCAAUAUUUCAUUGGUGUACUGGACAUUGCUGGAUUUGAGAUCUUUGAUUUCAACACUUUUGAGCAGCUGUGCAUCAACUUCACUAAUGAGAGGUUGCAGCAGUUCUUCAAUCACCACAUGUUUGUUCUGGAGCAAGAGGAAUACAAGAAGGAGGGUAUUGAGUGGGAGUUUAUCGACUUUGGCAUGGACUUGCAGGCCUGUAUUGAGCUUAUUGAGAAGCCCAUGGGUAUCAUGUCGAUCCUUGAAGAGGAGUGCAUGUUUCCCAAAGCCAGUGAUGCAACCUUUAAAGCUAAGCUUUAUGACAACCAUCUGGGUAAGAAUCCUACCUUCCAGAAGCCCAGGAUUAUCAAGGGUAGACCAGAGGCCCAUUUCUCCCUGGUUCACUAUGCUGGCACUGUUGACUACAACAUUUCAAACUGGCUGGUGAAGAACAAGGAUCCUCUAAAUGAAACUGUGGUUGGACUCUUACAAAAGUCUACUGUGAAACUGCUGUCUGUCCUCUUUGUUGGUUAUGCUGGUGCAGACUCAGCCCAAGAUAGUAAAGGAGGUAAAGGUGGCAAAAAGAAGGGUUCUUCUUUCCAGACUGUGUCAGCGCUCCACAGGGAGAACUUAAACAAACUGAUGACCAACUUAAAAUCCACUCACCCUCACUUUGUGCGUUGCCUGAUCCCCAAUGAGACCAAGACUCCUGGGGCGAUGGAGAAUCCUCUGGUAAUGCACCAGCUGCGCUGUAACGGUGUGCUGGAGGGCAUCAGAAUCUGCAGAAAGGGCUUCCCCAACAGGAUCCUGUAUGGUGAUUUCAAACAGAGAUACCGCAUUUUGAACCCAUCUGCUAAUCCUGAGGGACAGUUUAUUGACAACAAGAAAGCAGCAGAGAAACUUCUCGGCUCUCUGGACCUUGACCACAGCCAGUACAAGUUGGGACACACUAAGGUGUUCUUCAAGGCUGGUCUCCUGGGUACCCUUGAAGAGAUGAGAGAUGAUCGUCUUGCUCUCAUCAUAACUGGUAUUCAAGCAAGAGCUCGUGGUAUUCUCUCAAGAAUUGAGUUCCAGAAGAUUGUUGAGCGCAGAGACUCACUUCUUGUGAUCCAGUGGAAUGUGCGUGCCUUCAUGGGUGUCAAGAAUUGGCCCUGGAUGAAGCUCUACUUCAAGAUCAAACCUCUGCUGAAAAGUGCUGAGACUGAAAAGGAGAUGGCCAACAUGAAGGAGGAAUUUACAAAGUUGAAGGAGGCGUAUGCCAAAUCUGAAGCCCGCAGGAAAGAGCUUGAGGAAAAGAUGGUUUCUAUUCUCCAAGAGAAGAAUGACUUGCAGCUUGCAAUGCAGUCUGAGCAAGACAAUAUUGCAGAUGCUGAAGAGAGAUGUGAGGGUCUGAUCAAGAGCAAGAUUCAGCUUGAGGCCAAAGCCAAAGAGCUGACAGAGAGACUGGAGGAUGAAGAAGAAAUGAAUGCCGAGCUGGUUGCAAAGAAAAGAAAGCUGGAGGAUGAAUGUUCUGAGCUGAAGAAAGACAUUGAUGAUCUUGAGCUCACUCUGGCCAAAGUGGAGAAAGAGAAACAUGCCACUGAGAACAAGGUUAAAAACCUUACUGAGGAAAUGUCAGGUCUGGAUGAAAUCAUCGCCAAGCUAACCAAGGAGAAGAAAGCUUUACAGGAGGCCCAUCAGCAAACGCUGGAUGACCUCCAGAGUGAGGAAGACAAAGUGAACACUCUCACAAAAGCUAAAACCAAGCUGGAGCAACAAGUGGAUGAUCUUGAGGGAUCCCUUGAGCAAGAAAAGAAGCUGCGCAUGGAUCUCGAGAGGGCCAAGAGAAAGCUGGAGGGCGAUUUAAAAUUGACCCAGGAGAGCCUCAUGGACUUGGAAAAUGACAAACAGCAAAUGGAAGAGAAGCUGAAAAAGAAGGACUUUGAAAUUGGACAGCUCAACAGUAAAAUUGAGGAUGAACAAGCACUUGGUGCCCAGCUGCAGAAGAAACUUAAGGAGCUUCAAGCCCGUAUUGAAGAGCUUGAGGAAGAGCUGGAGGCUGAGAGAGCUGCUCGUGCCAAAGUGGAGAAACAGAGGGCGGAUCUGGCCAGAGAACUAGAGGAGAUCAGUGAGAGGUUGGAGGAAGCAGGUGGUGCCACUGCUGCCCAGAUUGAGAUGAACAAGAAACGUGAAGCCGAGUUCCAGAAACUGCGCAGAGACCUUGAAGAGACCACUCUGCAUCAUGAGGCCACCGCUGCUACACUGAGGAAAAAACAUGCCGACAGUGUGGCUGAUCUUGGAGAGCAGAUUGACAACCUUCAGAGAGUGAAGCAGAAGCUUGAGAAAGAGAAGAGUGAAUUCAAGUUAGAGCUUGAUGAUGUGGUGUCCAACAUGGAACAAAUUGUCAAGUCAAAGAGCAACCUUGAAAAAAUGUGCAGAACACUGGAAGACCAGAUGAGCGAGUACAGAACCAAGGCUGAAGAAGGCCAGCGUACAAUCAAUGAUUUCACCAUGCAGAAAGCCAAGCUGCAAACUGAGAAUGGUGAACUGUCCAGACAGCUAGAGGAGAAAGACUCCCUUGUCUCUCAGCUGACAAGAGGCAAACAGUCCUAUACUCAGCAGAUUGAAGACCUCAAGAGACAACUGGAGGAGGAAGUCAAGGCUAAGAAUGCACUGGCCCACGCAGUGCAGUCUGCCCGUCAUGAUUCUGAUCUGCUGAGGGAGCAGUUUGAGGAGGAGCAGGAAGCCAAAGCUGAACUGCAGCGUAGUCUCUCCAAAGCAAACUCUGAGGUGGCCCAGUGGAGAACCAAGUAUGAAACUGAUGCCAUCCAGAGGACAGAGGAGCUUGAGGAUGCCAAGAAGAAGCUUGCUCAGCGUCUCCAGGAUGCAGAAGAAGCCGUGGAAGCUGUCAAUGCUAAAUGCUCCUCUCUGGAGAAGACUAAGCACAGACUUCAGAAUGAGAUUGAAGAUCUUAUGGUUGAUGUGGAGAGAUCCAAUGCUGCUGCUGCUGCUCUGGACAAGAAACAAAGAAACUUUGACAAGGUUUUGGCUGAGUGGAAGCAGAAGUAUGAGGAGUCUCAGACUGAACUAGAGAGUGCCCAGAAAGAGUCUAGAUCUCUCAGCACUGAACUCUUCAAACUCAAGAAUUCCUAUGAAGAGGUCCUGGAUCAUCUUGAAACCAUGAAGAGAGAAAACAAGAACCUUCAAGAGGAAAUUUCUGACCUAACUGAACAACUUGGAGAGUCAGGAAAAAGCAUCCACGAGUUGGAGAAAAUUAGAAAGCAGUUGGAGCAGGAGAAAGCAGAGAUCCAGAUAGGCUUGGAGGAGGCUGAGGGUUCUCUUGAACACGAGGAAGGAAAGAUCUUGAGAGCUCAGCUGGAGUUUAAUCAAGUAAAGGCUGACAUUGAACGUAAACUGUCUGAGAAAGAUGAAGAGAUGGAGCAGGCCAAGAGGAACCAGCAGAGAGUGGUGGACACCCUGCAAAGCUCACUUGAAUCUGAGACUCGCAGCAGGAAUGAAGCUCUCAGGAUUAAGAAGAAGAUGGAAGGAGAUCUCAAUGAAAUGGAGAUUCAGCUCAGUCAGGCAAACAGACAGGCAGCAGAAGCACAGAAACAACUCAAGGGUCUUCAUAUACAUCUUAAAGAUGCCCAACUGCAGCUUGAUGAUGCCCUUCGUGGUAAUGAUGAUUUCAAAGAGAACAUUGCCAUUGUGGAAAGACGCAACAAUCUGCUGCAAGCUGAACUGGAUGAACUGAGAUCUCUGGUGGAACAGACUGAGAGAGGAAGGAAACUGGCUGAGCAGGAACUGCUGGAUGUCAGUGAGAGAGUUCAGCUGCUGCAUUCUCAGAACACCAGCCUGCUGAAUCAGAAGAAGAAGCUAGAGGGAGACAAUUCUCAGCUUCAGACUGAGGUGGAGGAGGCAGUGCAGGAGUGCAGGAAUGCUGAAGAAAAAGCCAAGAAGGCCAUCACUGAUGCUGCCAUGAUGGCUGAGGAGCUGAAGAAGGAGCAGGACACCAGUGCUCAUCUGGAGCGUAUGAAGAAGAACAUGGAGCAGACCAUCAAGGACCUGCAGCACCGUCUGGAUGAAGCGGAGCAGAUCGCCAUGAAGGGUGGAAAGAAGCAGGUCCAGAAAUUGGAAGCCAGGGUGAGAGAGCUUGAAAACGAGGUGGAUCUAGAACAGAGGAAGGCGAGCGAGUCUGUGAAAGGAAUCCGUAAAUACGAGAGACGCAUCAAGGAGCUCACCUACCAGACCGAAGAGGAUCGUAAGAAUCUAACUCGUCUUCAAGACCUGGUGGACAAACUCCAGCUGAAGGUCAAGUCCUACAAGAGAUCUUCUGAGGAGACUGAGGAACAUUUCAAUGUUAAUCUUGCCAAGUUCCGUAAACUGCAGCAUGAGCUGGAUGAAGCAGAAGAGAGGGCUGAUAUUGCUGAAUCUCAGGUCAACAAGCUGAGAGCUAAGAGUCGUGAUUCAGGUUCCAAGAAAGGACAUGACGAAGAGUAAUCCUAAAGCAUCUGUUUGAUUGUUCUUGUUACUAUGUUCAUGUACUAGUGCUCAUGUUACAAUAAGGGGUACUCCAUUCAGGAUUUUUGGGGCUGAUCACCGAUCCUCGAUUACUGAAAGCUGUAUUGUCCGAUACUGAUUACAGGAGAUAUUCGAAGCUUUCUCAACAGCAUUUAUAUAUCAGGGAGUCUACAGAUCUAACCAAGUUAAAUUUAAGACUUUUUAAGACCAUUGUCACUUUAUAUGAAAUUUAAGACCAACCCUGCCAUGGACACACACAUAAUUCAUAUAUAUUUCAUACACACAGCCUCUGAAAAUUUAGAGACCACUCAAAUUACCAGCCGAUUGUAACGUUAACCCCGCUUCACGCCAGGCUCCUAUCGCAUUUUACUCUGAAAUAUCAACCGGUACAUUAUCCAUUACUUGCAAUAUAAAAACUGUGGAAAAGAAACCUUGUAAUCUGCUGGAGGCAUUUUGUGUGCUCCUUGAUUCCCUCUGUGCUCUGUGCAAAACAUCUCUGAAAAAUGGCACAGUUUGCCACGUUAACAUUUCCAGAGACUGGCUUUAACCAGCACGAGAACUUAUCGUUCUAGCCAUUUUUAUUAACCUUGUAUUUAAACAAUUUAAACUAGCUAAGAUGCAGCAAGCUAACUGUACUUCAACCUGUAUUCUGCAACCUGAGUUCUCUCUGAUGACGCAGUAACUAUAGCAGGAGAAAAACCUUAGGUCUGUUCAAUAAUUUUAAACUCCUUUGGUCCGUCAGACGGAAAGAUUUACUUUUAAAGGCCUUAUAUUAGGAAAACUUUAUUUAAGGCGGUUUAAUACUUUUUAAGGACCCUGUAUAUUUAACAACUGUAACACUCCAUCGGUCACUUAGUAUGUUUUUCCCGUUUUGCCCCAAGGACGUUAUUUCUCCACGCUCCCUCACCUGUCCCUCGUCAAUGACUCUUACACCUGACACUCUUAAAAGAGACUCAAUAUAA